AUUCAUUCCCCAUAACACUGAAGUCUGACGCUGCACAACCCCAAAAAAGGAAGGGAGGUUCCAUUAACGACAACCUUUUUUAUGUUCCGCCUAGAAAACAGCCUCUGCUUAUCUCUUUCCAAUUUCCUCUCAGGAUUUCCACUUUCCCAUACCUUUUUGAGACUCGGAGAACACCCACCCAUAGCACCCACCCAUUUUAGGUUCUACACCAAAAGACACAAAAUAAUUGAAGACAACAAUUCUCCGACCAUUCCUUUAUGAUUCUUCCCCUUCAACCUCACAAUCUGAUCUCUUCUUUGAUUCCCAUACGAAAUCGGGUUCCUUUUUUCACAAGGGCAUCUUUCUUUUUGCUGGUGGUAGUAUUAGUAUUAAUCUCUAGCGCUCUCUCUUCCACCGCUACCAACGCCAAACCCCUAAAGAAGCAGCAUCCAGAAUCAACAUGAAGGUCCACCCGAUCCCCAGGAAGCGUAACAUCACCGUCCAAUACGAUAUGAAUGCGAGAGAUCCUCUCUCUGAGGCUCAGGCCCUUCUGGGUCUCUCCUCCAAGAAGCUCAGGCGCUUGCCACACGUCUUCAGCCGCGUCCUCGAGCUCCCCUUUCGGUCCGACGCCGAUGUCUCGGUCGAGGAGAAGCCCGAUUGCUUCCGAUUCAUCGCUGAGACCGAUAACGAUAUCCGCAACGUGCGGGCCCACACCGUUGAAAUCCAUCCCGGGGUAACGAAGAUUGUGGUGAGGGAAAGUGGGUCCCUCGAAUUGUCCUUGGACGAGCUUGAGCUCGAUAUGUGGAGAUUUCGGCUACCCGAGUCGACCCGGCCGGAGUUGGCAAGCGCGGCCUUUGUCGAUGGAGAGCUUAUCGUGACGGUGCCCAAGGGCGAGGAGGGAGUGGAGAAUGCUGAGGAAAAUGGCGUUGGUGGUGGUGGAGACGAGGAUGUUUGGAGAGAUGGGAAUGGUGAGGGCUUUAGAGGAGGUAUCGGAGUUCAACGUUCUGUGACAGUUCUUCCCGAUGCUUUGGCAGAGAUAAUUGUUUAAAUAUGCUGGGAAUGAUAUUGGAGGAAGAAUAAGAACGCUGAAAGUUCAUUUCGAUGCUUCAGCAGGAUUCUAGUUAAAUACGCUUGGGAUGAGAUGGAGGAAGGGAAGAAUAACUAUUUCAUUUGAUCCGAAGCAUGUCAUGAUGAGUUUCAUCAUAGUUUGGAUGAUAUGCUUCAAUUUUGGGGCUGAACUUUUCUCUGGAAUUGCAAAACCGUUUAUUUCCGAGAGUUCGGAAUCGUGGAUCACUUUGGAGGUCUAUUUUGCCUCUCCCUUCACAGCUGAUGUGAGCCUUAUGGAAACUUUUUUGUUUUUAACAAGAGGCGACAUUUUUCAGCACUUCUAACUUGAAUUUGACAAUUCUUAUGCAUUCAGUCGCUAACUCAGAAGUGUUGUGUGUACUCUGCAAGGUAGUUUAUUUGUUGCUUACUUGGUUGAGACAUUCUAAUAAGAGCCCUUGAUGAACUCCGUUCCUGUA